AUGCGUUUCCUCGGCGUGACCGUCGCGUUGGUGGCUUUGGCUGCUGCUCAAGGCUCAUACGGUACCACAUCUUCUACAUCUUCCAGCACUGCGUCGGACACUUCCGAGCCUUGCGCCAGAGUCAGCCAUCUCCUCAGGAACAGUGACAGCGACUACAUCCCGGCUGAGAUUGCAUACAAAUGUCUAGCCUCUGUUCCGGUGGCCGUCGAGGCUGAUCAGAAACUCAUUGACGAAUUGAAACUCCUGUGGGAGUGGCAUUCCGAAGUUGGCUGGCUGAAGAACCCUCCCUCGAGCUGGGAGUUGGGCUCCGUCGAUCUCCUCGCCGAGCUCGACAAGAUCAGGGAAAACCUCGGCUCCUAUGGCAGUGAAUAUGACGUGCAGCUGGCGAUUCAGAAGCUGGCAAUUCGCACGGGCAACUUCCACUUUAACUAUCAGCCGGAUAUCCUGCAGGUCUUCAGCUUUUAUCGCUCGUUUGCCAUAGCCACCGUCUCCGAGGACGGGACAAAAAUGCCACUUACCUACGUGGCUGAGGAUUUGAUCCUCAAGGAGGACGACGACAGCAUUCGUAUCUCCCCGAUCUCCAUGGUCAAUGGCCAGGAUGUUCAGAAGUUCCUCAAUUGGGUGGCGUCCGCGAGCCAGUACACUGACCCUGAUGCGCGGUACAACAAUGUCAUGUACAAGGCCAACCAGAUCAGCUCGGCGGGGAGCUUCAGGAACCAGGAGAGCUACCAGGGCCCGGUCUCCAACGUCACGUUCGCCAACGGCACUUCGCAAGUCUUCACAAACCUCGCUUACAGCAACCUCGAUUUCACCGAGGUGACCAGCGGGAAGACGUUCUUCCAACAGUUCUGCACGGGGAAGGUUUCGGGAAUCGAAACCCUCCUGUCCAGUAAAAAGUCUCCACCCCAUCGUUGGAGCAAGAGGCAGACAAUCCUUCACGACGACUACCCUAAACCAGUCGUCGAGCACAGCAGAGGAGCAGUUGCGGGCUACUUCAUGACCAUCUCUGGCUUCACGGAUGUCGCGGUCCUUAAAAUCAUUUCAUUUGACCCUGAAGAUGACACGUUGAGUGAGUUCCAGAAGACUGUCAAACAGUUCUUGGCCAAGUGCACUCAAGCAAAUAAGAAAAAGCUCAUUAUCGAUCUCCGCGAGAAUGGUGGAGGCUCUACAUCUCUUCUACUUGACACCUUCAUGCAGCUGUUCCCUGACAUUACACCCUUCAGUGGUCAGAGAUACCGCGCACAAGAACAGUUCAAACUUAUCGGUGAUACAGUCAGCGCACUCUGGAACAACAAGAGAGGCCGGGCCUUGGCUAACUUCCAGACUGCCAUGGACCAAGGCUUUAGUUCAGAUUUGAGAUACUGGACGUACUGGAAUUUUCUCGAUACCAACGGCGAGACCUUCUCCACGUGGGAUGACCUUUACGGUCCUCACGAGUUUAACGGCGACAAUUUCACGUCGAUUAUUCGAUACAAUUUAUCCAACAGCAACCCCACUAGCGUGCUGGUACCAAACUUCACCUUCCUCGAACACUCAUCGACAUCCACCCCGCCUUUCAAAGCCGACAACAUCGUGAUUUUCAGCGACGGACUGUGCGGAUCCUCCUGCGCCUCAUUCCACGAGGAACUGAAGAACAUCGCCGGCGUCAAAGCGGUAGCUGUCGGCGGACGCGCCCAAACGGGUCCUAUGCAGACCAUCGGAGGCACCAAAGGAGGCGAAGUGAUCCCGCUGGUUUCUGUCUCCUUUGGAGUCAGUCAACUACUUAAUCUUACCAACAUACUCAGUACUGGUGAUCUCGACCAGCCUAUUAUCCAACGCCUUCUCAAUACCGAUCAGGUCUUCAAUCGCGCGGGGGACACCAUAAGUCGACUUCAGGUUCAGGACCAGGUCCGUAAGGGUGAUAAGUCCCAGACUCCUCUCCAGUAUAUCUACGAGGCGGCGGACUGUCGUCUCUGGUAUACGGCUAAGAUGCUCUUGAAUCCGGAGGAGGCAUGGGCCGCGGCGUGGAAUGCGCAUACGGAACGAACGAUGUGUGUGGAAGGAUCGACGAAUCACUCCUCUAGUAUCAGUGGGGGGUUUAAGCCUUAUGGUCCGCGACCUCUCGAUGGAGAGAUGGAUGAUGAUGAGGAGUCUGUCGCGCCGGUCUCAAGACCUACUUGUCUUCUUAUUAUGGCUGUCGUAACGGUGAUCGCACUUGUCCUAUAA